AUGAAUCAUCAGCACCAUGAUUCGCCAGACAUCGUCGCAACCACCCCAAAUAUUUCAUGGCUCUCAUUUUUAUUGGUCUACUCCAUCCCGAUGAUUCUAUUCAUUUCGAUCGUUUGCAUCGUCAAAUGGCGACCGAUUCGCGAGUUCUCCUCGAUUACCACAUUCAUCAGCUGGUAUUGCUCAUGCUCGCCGCGCAAACUCGCCGCCGAACUCGACGAGGCCGAUCGCGAUCGAUUCAUCUAUCCGAUUGACGCCCAGAGUCUCGUCACCAUCUCAUCCUGCGAUUCGCCGCUUCUCAACGAUCAAGAAACGCAAUUCUUCUCAUCGGCCAUCCCGUGA